GCUGAUGGUGGUCCUCCUUGAUGCAUACUGCACUUGCCGGGAUAUUGACGCUCGCGCCGCCACCGGCGUCGAAGCCGAGGAUGUCUUCACCUUGCUGUCAGACAUCUGCCUCGUGCUGUACUCCGUGGAAUUGUGCGGGCUCCUCUUCGUCCGAGGUUGGGAGAUCCUCAAAGACUGGUUCAUAGUUCUGGACAUCUUGGUGGUGAUCUGUGGCUGCGUUGAGUUUAUCCUCGUGCAGGUCACGCCGAGUGAGCUGGUGCAGAAGAUGAGCCUUCUGAGAGCUCUGAGGCUGGCGAGGAUCUUCCGGUUAAUGCGGCUGCUGCGAAAGAUCCGAGCUCUUCGGGAGCUGUACAAGCUCGUUACCAUGAUGUCGACCUGUCUCAAGACUCUGCUGUGGUCGUUUCUCUUCUGCUUCAUUGUGAUGACAGUCUGGGCCAUGCUUAUAGUGGAGGUCGUGAACCCCAUUGUGGUGCAGAUGGACAGCGACGGUGCCUUUGACGACUGCAGCAAUGGUUUCUGCACGGUUUCCACCUCCUCGGUGCUCCAUGCGAAUCUGCUCCUUUUCCAGACUGUCAUCGCCGGUGAUGGCUGGGGAGAAAUGGCCACGCCCAUCAUCUUAAAGCAUCCGGAGACGGCGAUCAUCUUCAUCGGCUCCCUCCUGACUUUGGUCUUCGGCGUGCUCAACCUUAUCGUGGCGGUGGUCGUGGACACUUUUGCAGAGGCGCGCCAGCACGACAUACUCAACCUCGCAGAAGAGCUGGAGGAUGACCUGGAGAAGGACACAAAGUUCCUGCAGAAGCUCUUCCAGCGCAUCGACAGGGAUGGCAGCGGUCGAGUUACGCUUGACGAGCUAAUUGAGGGCGCCCGCAAGGAUCCCGAAUUCCAGAGCCGUCUUCGCGUUAUGGAUAUAGACGAAGUUGAUCUGGAGCAGCUCUUCCAGAUGAUUGACGUGAAUGGAUCUGGCUCUAUCGAGGCCUCCGACUUCAUUUGGCCCCUCAGUCGCUGG